GAUUGCCAAAGUUGAAGUUUCAAAAGGACAAAAUAUGUGAUGCAUGUCAAAUGGAUAGUGGUGUUAUGCCUUCCUGGUUUUACAUUUAUGAGAUACCUGUGACUUCUGUUGUAUCUUAUUCAUCCAUUGUACUUGCAUCGUGCAACCUUCUAUCUUCUUACAAGAAAGAUGAGGAUGUUGAAGUACAAGAAGAAGAACCGAUCGUAAAAGAUGAGGAUGUUGAGGUACAACAAGAAGAAAAACCGACCGAAGAAGAUGAAGUUAAAUUUAUUAAAAUCGAAGAGUCAGAAGAAGAAGAUGCUAUUUGUCUUCUUCAAAAGGCAGGAGCAUCAUUUGACAAGUCUUUAACACCUAUUCUCUGGUCUCAUGGUAUGGCUGACAGAACUGUAUUAUUCGAGGCGGGCCAAGCUGGACCUCCUUUUCUUGUGCAAGCUGGUAUGAGCUGCGAAUUCAAGGAACUUUGGGAGGUGGUGCAGUUUUUAGUGGAUGGGUCCUUUUUAAUUCAUCAAUUAUUGGACGUAUUUCACCAAAAGCAAAAAAGACACCUAUUCACUAGACUCAUGGUAUGGCUGACUGUACUGUAUUAUUUGAGGCGGGGGAAGCUGGACCUCCUUUUCUGGAGCAAGCUAGUAUUGAGUUGUGAAUUCAAGGCUUAUCCUAAUGUUGGUCAUUCUAUCACCACCGAAGAAUUGUUGCAUCUUCAAUCGUGGAUCAAGGCUCUCGUCUGAAGAGUUCAUGAAGACCAUCACCAACUUCGCUUCACAAUUUUUAGAUCAAGCUUGGCAAUAGAAGAAGAGAUCAUGCUUGGCAAGUGUUAGCUUCAUGCUAUUAUUAUCAUUUAAGAUCCUUUCAAAUUUGAGGUGCCGCAAAUGCAAUUGCGUAAUUUGAGGUUGUUGGUGUUAGCUUCCAGGAAAUGGUUAAACAUCAAGGCUCAUCUGUGUUGGCUGUCGAUCAGCAGUUAUCUUCCAUAUUAUAUUCAUUUUUGAUAAUCGUGUGAUUUGAUUUUGAAAUAUUUAUAAUUUCCAGCCUUCUUUGUGAAUGCCUAACGCAGUGUUAGUUAAAUGAUUACUUGCUAGUACUAUUGGUGAAUAUAUUUUCAUCAUAUCUUAGAGUUUC